CCAGCGCACGCGCACGCUCGCGCCCGCUCCGCCGACGCACCACCCACUACACGCUCGCUCGCAACUCGCGAUACGACAUGGAGAGCUUCUCGAGAUCGUGCAUCUGGCUAUUUGCGGCGGCGCUUCUGGCCGCCUGCGGGGUCAGCGCCGGCGUCGGGGCUAAGAGACCGUUCACACCGACCGACUCGAUUCUCGACAUCAUCGACACCGAGCAGGUCGAGAAGAUCAUCGCGGCCCGCCGGCGGUCCGAGGAGGCGGCGGGCUCCCCCGGCUACGUGCAGAGGAACGAGCUCGGCGAGGGCAGCGCCGAGACGAUGGUCGUGUCCGUCCCGCAGGAGGACUCCACCGACGUACCCCGGGGCUCGGCCUUCCGCAACAUUCUCAAGUCGUCCAAGAACGCCCUAGUGGUGACGAAGAAGGAGUACCUGAAGGAGGACUGGUGUAAAACGGAGCAGCUGAUUCAGAAGAUCCGGGAGCCGGGCUGCCUACCCGCGACGGUCAUCAACAACUUCUGCUACGGCCAGUGUAACUCGUUCUACAUCCCGAAGGCCCCGCGGCGGCGGGAGGGCACCGACGAGCGGCCGCCGCCCGCCUUCAAAUCGUGCUCCUUCUGCAAGCCGAAGAAGUAUACUUACGUGACUGUGACGCUGCGCUGCCCGGGCCAGAACCCGCCUUUCCGGCACCGACGGCUGCAGAAGAUCAAGCAGUGCAAGUGUCUCCCCGUGGGGGUGAACUGAUGGCGGGCCGGGGCCGGCCUGCGGCGCAGAGGCGGGGAACCGUCCGGUCCAGAUAGGAACGCGACCGAAACGUGACGACGAGAUUAUCGGGGCGAGGCGACGAAAUACCUGAUGUUGUGAUUAGCGGGCACCGCGCGAAGGAUAGUGAACAUAUUCGGAUCGCGCUCCAUACGUCAAUCGCGGUGACGUCAUGAGAUGCAUAUUCGAUGUUAUAACUUUAGUAAAACGGCUCCGAUGAGCCGUCUCAGAGCUUUAAUAGUGAUAUGUUUCCGAGCCGGCGACGGGCGACCUCGAACGUGUGGAUAGUACAAAGUGAUGGUUAAAAGUGUCGAUCGCGAUUCGCGAGGGUUCGAGCGACUUUUUGCCAUCGAUUUUCAGAAGUGUGAUAUUAGUUGUAAAUCUAUAGUUUGUAUGGACUGUGAAUGAACUAUUAAUUUAUUAACGGUGUAGUUCGUAAUACGCUUUAAUACUUAGUAAAUACUAAGUAUGAAAAUUUAGAUACUCAUGGAAAAGUAAAAUUGGGAAAAAUACAUCUCGAUUGGUACUAGUGUUAGACGUUAGGCGAUGGUCAUUUAAAACAACAAGAUACAAGUGUACAGCAAAUAAGGAUAAAAGGAUCAAAGAUAAGUGGAAAUCCAAAAUCAGAAGAUACAUGGCGUAGUUAUUCAUAUUUUACCUAGUUCUUUGUGCUUGCGACCGUACGUAAUAUUUGCCUCUACCGUGUUUAAUGAACGUAAAACAUUCAGUAUCUCUGUUCAAACUUGAUUCUAGAGUCUAGACUAUUGUUUUUCUCUUUACAUAUUUAUAAAGAUAAUUUUGCAAAAAUAUUACCCAACAUGUUCAAAUAUUUGUAAAUGCUUGUCUACACAAUAAUAAAAAAAUGAUUUAUUAUCAUCACGAUUAAGGAUACGAGAUGUUUUCCCCAAAUCUGGUUCAUUUUGGUGACACGUUUUAUCAGUGUUAUAAUCUUUGACGUGAUAUAUGUUAUAUGCGCCAUUAUAAAAUGGUAAACAAUUUCAGGUUUGCCGCAUCUACUCGUUUUAAAUGUUCUUUGUCUAUAAUUUAUAAUUUUUUAAGUUUCCUUAUAUAUAAACAUUUUCAAACCUUGUUCUGACAAUAAUGUAUAUUAUCAAUUGUUUAUCAAGCUAUGAGAAUAUGGUAUAAUUAUUUUUAUCGUCAAGAUACAUCAUUAUUCAUAGCACAAUUUACGCAAUUUGUACAUUGAAAUGUGCGAUGUAAAGAUAAUAGAAAUGGACUUGAUUUGUGCCAAUCAAGGAACAAUUUGAAAAUUGUCGGUGUUAAUAAAUUGAUACAAGACAAUUAUUGCGCUGACAGAAAUAGUACGUUCCGUACAAUACGAACAUAUUAUUAAAUCGUUCUAUUUACGACGAGAGUGCAUUACUGCGAAAUACGAUUACUGCUCCGAACUGAUCCAAUCGGAACGUUUCGGCACGGUUCGAAAAUCGAAAUAUGUAUGUUGUACUUCAUACUGAAAAUAAUAUUGUGUGUUACAUAAAAAGUAUAGAAACUAUGUUUA